AUGGCCGACGCAUAUUCGUAUGCUCUGCUCGUCAAGCUCGAAGAAAACAACAUACCAAGACUAAAAAACAAGUUAGUGAAAUACUUUCAGAGUAAGAAAUCUAGCGGUGGAGACUGUGAAGUCGACUAUGAACAGGGCAGCAGGACAGCGCUGCUGCGCUUCCGCAGAGAGGAGGACCAGAAAAAUGUGUUGGAGAAAGGGUCGCAUCAGAUCAAUGUGGAUAACGGCGUGUUGAAGAUGACAGUUCACUUACCCACAGAUCAGGGCACACAGCAGGAUACUCAAUCUGUUGAACUCAAUAAGAAACAAGAUGCUGCUACAAAGAAAGAGCCGAGUGCUGAUGAACCUGCUGCUGCUGCUGAAAGUGAGACUGUAGCGAAAGGCAAAGAGGAUGAAACAGCAGAAGAAGAACUACAAUCCAACUCUGCUGUUUUAGAAAAUAUCCCAGAUAAGUUGUACGGAGAGGUUUUGGAGAUGCUGGUGGAGAACAUUUCAAAGGAUUUUGACUCUUCAUCUAUGUCCAAAAGCUUCACUUUGGAAGCCAUUCCUGCCAUCACUUCCGCUGUGGUUACUUUCCAGAGUGAAGAAGAAAACAAUCAUUUUGUGACGAAAUGCCCCCAAAACAAGAUGUUCAAAAAUAAAGGAUUGUCAGUCCGAAUUCUUGAACCCACAGACCAGGUUGUCGUUGACGACAUCAGGAAUUUCAGUGAAGAUCACCUCUGUCUGUAUUUUGACAAUGCAGGUUGGGAUGUGGAAAAUGUCACCAUUAAUGAAGGGGAUCAUUCUGCUCUCAUCUCCUUUAAAGACCAUAGAGCCGUUCAGGACAUCAUGAAAAAGGAACAUCACAUCAAAGGGGUAGAAAUCAAAGUUUAUCCCUUUUACAAAUCUCUGGGAACAGCCCUUUAUGGAAAAGACAAGCCUUCGCUAAAACUCCCUGCUGCGAUAUCCGAACCCAUUGAUGGUGCUGUCCUGAGAUACCUAAAUGACAGUAAAUCAGCAGCAGAUACAGUUCGUAGUGACUUGGCGAAACACUUCUGCAAUGUAAACCUCCAACAAUCUGCUGUGUGCCUGAGCCCUUUUCCUACAUUGCUACAACAAAAGGAUGCUGAAGACAUCAUCAAAGAGUGGACCGACAUAGUGAAGUCAGCCUUUGCGAAAGUUGUGUCAAAAUUCAAAUCCCUGAAGUUGCAGCUAGAGUCAGAGGUGUGGGAAGAGUCAGAGGAUAAGAUAAGAAAGAUGCUACUCAAUGAAGAUGUGGUUGUUGUGCCUGAUAAAGCCAGUGGUGUCUUAUCAGUGGCUGGUCUUGUGGAUGAUGUCAACAGACUAGAGAAAACACUUACUGAAUUUGUAAACAAGAUUGUCAAAAGGGUCCACAGGGAGAAAUCAAGCAUAACCCAAGAGAUGAAAGGUCGACCGUCUGUUUUGCACAUCCUGUGUGAAGAUGGCCUUCAGGACAAGCUGCUACAGGUGUACCCAGAGCUCAAAAUAUCAUCUGGAAAAGAUGGUCAGAAUCUGAUUGUAAUUGGCUUAGGGCAAGAGGUUUUGGCAGCACAAAACAUUGUACAUGACCAAAUACUUGCAUUAAAAAAACGGAAUUUAGAAAUGGACAACUUUGUGCUUGGCAUGUUGAAGGACGAAGACCAAGAGGAACUUACAAAGGCUCUUCUCACAUCUAAUAAAAUAAAUGCAGUAUUUGAGAUAGCUUCACAAAGAGUCCAGCUCCUUGCUGUGUCUGACAGAGAUCUGAAUGAUGCUGUAGAUCAUUUGAGAAAGCUGGUAAUAUCUAAACACAUUGAUGUUGAAGAUAUUAAUGUCCUGAAGAAGCCAGAGUGGCAAAAAAUGAUCCUCCAGUUAGAGAAUGCCAACAGUGAGUUGUGCAGAAAAAUUCAAAUCCAGACCAAAAGAUCACAAGUUGUGGUGUCUGGCAACAAGGAUACAGUCACAAGAGUUAGCAGUAAACUUGAUGACUACUUACAGCAAAAUGCUCAAGUUGAAGAAGUUGUUGCAGUGAAUAACGCCGUAGUUGAGUACAUUAAAAAACAUCACACAUCUUGGUUGGAGCAAGUGGCAGACAAAGUGGAGGUGUCUUUCCAAAAAGAGGGCAUCUGUCUAAGUGGUUCCAGAGUCAAUGUCACAGAUUGCAAAACCUCGGUCGAAGACUCAGUCUCUUCUGUCUACUUUGAAAGUUUAAAGGUCUCCAAGCCUGGAGUGAAGAAGUUCUUCAAGGAUAAUGAAGCUACGUAUGCUCAUUCACUCAUGACUGAUACUGGCUGCCUGGUCCAGCUGGUUGAUGAGACUAAGGAUGGACAGACGGACGACACUUUUAGACAAGUACAAAAGCCUGUGUACCAGCUUCAGACACCUGAUGGAGUAGACAUAGCUGUUUGCAAAGCAGAUAUUUGCAGUUACCCAGUGCACGCAGUUGUCAAUGCUUCUAAUAAGGACUUGGAUCACAAUGAAGGCCUUUCAGCAGCACUACUGAAAGCUGCUGGUUCACAAUUCCAGGAUGAAUGUGACAAACUAAUAAGGUUGAAUGGACAGCUCAAGCCGGGAGACACUGUGAUAACUGGUGCAGGAGGCCAGCUUUGCUGUAAAAAAGUCAUCCAUGCAGUGGGACCCAAUUUUGAUCCUGCCAAUUCUAAGAAGGCUGUGGUGCAAUUGAAAAGAGCUGUUAAAGGAAGCUUAGACCUUGCUGAGCAGCAUGGUUGUGUCUCUGUGGCACUGCCCGCCAUCAGUAGAAAUCAGGGCUUUCCUCUCAAUUUGUGUGCCAUCACCAUCGUCAAAGCAGUGAAGGAACACUGUGACGACAAGUAUGACGACAUCACCCUGAAGAGGAUACAUUUCGUGAACAAUGAAGAUGGCACUGUUCAGGCUAUGGAGGCAGCUGUCAGACAGGAGUUUGGAAAUCAUGGUGUCAGUUCUGCUCAGCAAACUCUUACCCAGACCGUCAAAUCACCUGUGAAACAGGUUGCAUCUGACCCAAACUGCUUGGGUCAAGGGCUGACCAAAGAGGGUGUGGGUAUCACUCUGACAACAGGAAAUAUCGAGAAUGCCACGACGGAGGUAAUCGUGAAUACUGUGUCUGAAGAUCUUGCACUGAACAAAGGGGCAGUUUCAAGUGCCAUCCUGGGUGCGGCUGGACCCAAACUGCAGAAGUUGGUACAAGCAGAGAAUGCAGAACCACAUGUCAGUAAGGUGAUUGUGACUGAUGGCUGCAACCUUAAGUGCAAACAUGUGUUUCAUGCAAUUGCACCUGACUGGGAUAAUGGACAAGGCACAGCUGAAAAGGCACUGAGUGACAUUUUCAAGGACUGCUUGGGCAAGGCAGAGGACAGAGGUCUGACCUCCAUAUCCUUUUCUGCCAUCGGCACUGGAAAUCUGGGCUUCCCAAGAGACCUGGUGGCCUCUUUGAUGUUGGAUGAAACCAUAGCGUUCAGCAGUAAAAAGAAACCUAAGUACCUGAAGAAGGUCAUGAUUGUCCUCUACCCAAAAGAUGCAGAAACUAUCCAGGCUUUUAUUGACGAUUUUAAACAGAAGUUCCAGGUGACCUCCAGUUCCACACAAAGUUCAGGUGGUUUUUCUAAAAUCACCUCAAGCCCAGGAAUGUAUGAGACGCAAAUGGGAGCUGUGACUAUACAGGUGGUCACCGGCAACAUUACCAAGGAGAUCACUGAUGUCGUUGUGAACUCCUCCAAUAAUGAUUUCACUCUCAAAACAGGAGUAUCCAAGGCUAUUCUGGAUGCAGCUGGUCAGGCUGUUGAAGCAGAAUGCCAAACCCUGGGUGCCCAGCCUAACCCAGGCAUCAUAAUGACCCAGCCAGGUAACCUGAAGUGUAAGAAGAUCCUCCACCUCCACCUCGGACAAAAUGACCCUGUAAGAAUCCAAAAGGUUGUGAAAGAUGCUCUCCUGAUGUGUGUGAAGAACUCACACACUUCUGUCUCCUUUCCUGCCAUUGGCACAGGUCAAGGUAGUGUAAAGGCAAGGCAGGUGGCAGAUGCCAUGUUGGAUGCAGUGAUUGAUGUGUUGAGGCAAAAUACUUCCAGCCCCCUGAAGACAGUCAGGAUUGUUAUAUUCCAGGCACCCAUGCUUAAAGAGUUCUACAACAGUAUGCACCAAAGGGAAGCCACUGAACCCAAGAGUAAAGGAGGCCUCUGGGGAAAGAUUGUAUCAUUCUUUACUGGUGAAAGUUCUGACAAGCCAAAGAAAGAUGGAGAUUUUGUCAUUGAAGCUCUUGAAGUGGAUGCUGCUUGCUUCCACAUCUGCGGUGACUCACAGACUGCAGUAGACAAAGCCAAGCAGCGGAUCGACGACCUCAUAUCAAAAGAGUGCCAAGCCAACUCCAUUGAUGACAACACCAUCCUUAGCUUCUCUGAUCCAGACUACCAGAGCAUUGUUGACAUCCAGAGGAAUAUAGGUGUGAGCAUAAGGACGGAAAGCAAGAACGGCCAAGUUUCAAUGGUUAUUGAGGGAAUCAGCAAGAAUGUGCUCAAAGCCAACAUUGAGAUUCAAAAUAUGCUGAGGAAGGCAAAAGAUGAGGAAGAAAUGAAGAGAAAAGAGUAUCUGGCGGCCACAGUGGCAGACUGGCAGUACCAGCAGCUGGGGUCUCAGUUUCAGAGUUUUGAUUCAAAAAACAACUUCCUGCUUGAAGAAGCACUGGGAAAGGAUCUGCCUCAAGUAAAAGUCACAGUCAGGGGUCAAGACUACACUGUCACCAUGCCAGAUGGACCUGCCACUGAUAACCAGGGACACACCCUACAGAUAAAGAGAAUUGAAAAACUAAAAGAAUAUGAUAUGCCGGAGGAAUGGGAUACCAUGCCACCUGACGCCUUGAGUCAUGCUGUCACCAUCCAGGCUGGAACGGCAGAGCACAAUGAAGUCCUGAAUCUGUUUGAGGCCACCUGCAAAAAAACUGUUAUUAAGAUUGAGAGGAUCCAGAAUCCAGCAUUAUGGAAGAGCUUCCAGAUCAAGAAGCAAGACAUGGAGCAUAGAAACGGUCAUCAUGACAAUGAGAAACGUCUCUUCCAUGGCACCUGCGAAUCCACUGUGCCCACCAUCAAUGAGCACGGCUUCAACAGAAGUUAUGCAGGAAAGAAUGCUGCUUAUUAUGGCAAUGGCACAUACUUUGCUGUUAAUGCCAUUUACUCUGCUGCUGACACCUACUCCCCGCCAAAUGCACAAGGGGAGAAGUGCAUGUACCUCUGUCGUGUGCUGACCGGCGAUUACACGCUUGGAAAACAAGGCGUGAUCGAUACACCAACCAAGGGCGCCGACGCUGUUGAGAAGUACGACAGCCUCGUUAACGACAUGUCCACCCCUUCCAUGUUCGUUAUCUUCCACGACUCCCAGGCUUAUCCUGAAUAUUUGAUUACAUUCAAGUGAAAAAAUCAUGUUAGGAGAUGACUGAAACAAAUGCCUUACUUCUUUACACUGCCUUACAUUAUUAAGUAAUUGCCCAUUAUCUGCUGUUUUUUGUUCUUUUAACUGUGUUUUAUUUUUGAUUUUGCAAUCCUUUUAACCAUUUAAAUAAUUGAAAGGAUGGGAAACUAUGCAUGUGUGAUGAUUACUUGUCGAUAAAAUUACUGCUACUUAAACCAUACUCAAAAUCUGAGGCAGCAGGAAGAGAUCCCUAGUCUCGACUUGAUGCUGUCCUACUUUAAACAGUAAGAUAUGAGAAUGAAAAAACAAAGGCUGAAAAAAAAAAAUUAAGCAAGUAAGGAGGAUGCCUCCGUAAGUGUCAGUGCCAACAAAAAAGUUGUCAGAAGUAUUCAAUUGUAACUGUAUCACUCUGGUAAGAUUACCUUGUGGUUAUGUUAAAGGAAGAAUAGAGAGAGAGAUGAGGUUGCUCUACUGUAGUAAUCAUUUAUUCUUUUUAUAUAAUUUACUCUUUUAGCAUAUAUCUCGAUUAAGAUUUUGUACUUUAAUCAAGUAUUCAUUUCUUUCCCUUUUAAUAAUUUCUUGCUUGACAUAUAAUCAAUUAAUGUUAUAACUGUGUAACCAUUUAGUAGUUUAAGAUACUCCUUUGUUAGGAAUCAUGUAAGCAAAGAGGCAUGUAGUCAUGUAUUUUUAGCUCAACCCUCACUCUCAGUAGUGAGACUCAGGCUGUGACCGUAUGAUUUAUAAUAGUAUAGGAAAACACACAGUUUGAUCGCAGCCAGUUACCAAAUUUAGUCUCAAGGAUAGAUAAGACAAAGAAAAUUAUGAGGGACUGAAAUGAAGAAGUCCUUUUGACCAAAUUUAAAUAUUACCUAUAAGCCUGAAUAUAAGGAUCCUCAAACCAAACCAGUUAACCCCUUUUAAACUUUUUAUUUCUUUGUAUCGACCCUAUAACCACCUGUACUACUGACUGAAUAAACACCACGUAACCACAAAAAAGCUCCAGUGUGAUAGAGUUUCUCUGAGCAAGGCUAACAGACCUUAGGGCAGGGGGCUCUUCGAGAAGAACACCACCUCACCCCCGAGAGGUAAGCUCAAGUGCCUCCGCACUAUGGCCACACUACUGAUAUAAGACACAGACACACAUUGGGUAGGGAGCUUGUGAAGGGACCC